UGAGAUCUAUUUUUAUUUUGUACAAGAUAGAAGUGGUGUGGUGGUUGAUCAUUCGCAGAAAACUUAUCUCCUUUCCAUAUUAUUUUUCACUUGUUUGUUUUAUUUUUUAUCGUUUUGUUAUGCGUAUAAUAUGUUUAACUUGUUAGUUUAGUAUCCACGCAAAUGUGAAAGUUUUCAUUUACAAAAUCAACCCAAAUCCAAAAAAAAAAAUCUACAAUUAAAUUCCCAAGAAAUUUAAUUCCGUCACAAGAAAGGAGAGGAAACAGCUUGCAAUGAGCUCAUCAAUUUCCACGAACAAUCGUACUUCUUCCAAUAAUGAAACUAAGGAACUUUAUAUUUACGAGCUGCCGCCCAGGGAUCGAAAUGAUCUCUGUGCUAUUCUCGAUGAACUGGAUGUAUGGUCAUUAUUGGCAACAGAACACAUGAAAUAUUCCAAUGCAGAUUUGCAGGCUAUCAAAAGAGCUGUAGCGAGGGGUUGUUCGCCCUCAAAUGAAUUGCUUAAUAUGUGGGGCGAUUUAAACCAUACGGUCACUGAACUAUUUGUGCUUUUGUAUAGAAUGCAACAGUAUAACGCAAUGGAUGCUAUAAAGUCAUCUGUGGAUCCAAAAUACCAUAAGCUAAUUACUCUCGGCCAACCGGAUUUGACUAACUUGAUGCAAAAAUCAAAAUCAGUAAAAAUACUAAACUGCAAAAACUCUUCUUCUGGCUUUAGUAAUUCAAAUAACGAAUCAACUCGUUCUGAUGAUGAUUAUACUUCAUCCACAACAGAAAGUAAAGAUGAUUCAGACAAUUGGAAAAUAAAAAAUGUCAAAGAGUAUGCCAGUACAAUACCGCAAAUAGACUAUAAAGAAUUACUUCAAGCGACAGAUGAUUGGAAUGAAAAAAAUAUUCUUGGAAAAGGAGGCUUUGGAACAGUUUAUAAAGGAUGUUGGAAAUUCACUACGGUAGCAAUUAAGAGAAUUACUUACAAUAGUCCCGAUGGAGGAGAAAAAAUUCAAAUACAACAAAGUCUCAACGAGUUGAAGCACCUUAAUUCGUGUCGGCACGACAAUAUUCUGCCUUUAUAUGGAUAUAGUAUAAAUGGAGCUGAUCCAUGUCUCGUAUACCAAUUGAUGUCAGGUGGAUCACUUGAAUGGCGUCUUAACACGAAAAACUUAGAACCAUUAUCGUGGAAACAGAGACUGAAUAUUGCAUGUGGAACAGCAAGAGGUCUUCAAUAUCUUCAUACAUUCCGAGAAAAACCACUGAUUCAUGGUGACAUCAAACCUGCUAAUAUAUUGCUUGAUCCUUGCAAUCAACCACGAAUUGGAGACUUUGGAUUAGCUCGUGAAGGUCAUUCUCAAGACUCAUCAAUGGAAGUUUCUCGAGUUUUCGGAACAAGACCAUAUUUACCAUUAGAGUUUUCCCGUUAUAAAUCAUUGAGUACAAAAGUUGACACAUUUAGUUAUGGCGUGGUUUUGUUGGAAAUGUUCACAGGCUUGCGAGCAUACGAAAAAAAUCGUCCGCAUCCACUUCUUACUGAACAUAUACUAACUGCUUUGGAUAAAAACAUUCCAAUUGAAGAGCUCAUUGACAAAACAUUACGCGUUAAUGCAGAUGUUGAACAAUUAUGCAAACAUGUCAUAAAUCUUGGCACAGCAUGUAUAUCACAGAGACCAGAACAUAGACCGGAAAUGGUUACAGUUCUAAAGCAUUUAGAGAAUCUUUAAACUUAACAUAUCGUCGGUUGACAACCAAAACUCACUAACUGCAAUUUUCCCUUAAAAUUAACUAAUGAUGCCAAGUGAUUUAUUUUAAAUGUUUCUAUUGGUAAAAAAAUAUCCGCUUUGCAUUUAAACGGUUCUAAAUACAAGUUUCAAAUUUUUAAAAAUCAUCAUUUAAAAAUUUUUCAUACUAAAAUUCAUUAUGUACGAGUAGUUAAACUUCAUUAUGUUGAAUUUAUUUUUUAUGUAGUUAGUGAGUUUUGGUUGUCAACCGACGAUAUGUCAUUUUGAUAACAUAUCAAGUAGAAUAGACUAUAAAAAUUAUCAAGAAUACAAAGUUUUCGAUCCAAAUUUAUCUUUUUUUUAUAUAUACAUAUAUUUUUACUAAUAAUAUUAUAUUGAAUGUUAAAACAAAAAACAA